AUGUUCAAGAAUGUCGGCCAAAAGGCCUUUUCAGGCGCUACUUCUCAGGAUGCGGCCGGAAGCGACGAUGACAUCUCGCUUACAUCGACCGCCGACGACCAGCACGACUCCGAUGACGAGUUCGGUGUCGAGAAUAUCCUAGCCGAGCGGCAGGUUGAAAAUGGCGAGAUUCACUAUCUCGUAGAGUGGUCGGGCUUCCCACAACAUCAGAGCACCUGGGAACCCGAGAUGAACCUCGGAAACGAGCUGAGGGCCAUGUGGGAAGACACUAAGCGUAAGCACGAAAGCGGCGAGCUAAAGCCUUUUGACCUGGAAGCGUUCUAUGCAAGUCAGACAAAAGCCAAAGAGGAGAAAGCCGAGCGACAUCGCCGCCGGAAUGCCAAACGAAAAAAGAAAAGGCUGUCUUUGACUUCAACCCUCCCGGAACCAGAACCUCAAGGGUUAGGCAUGGAUGAUUCUAGCGAGGACGACGCGGCCGAGGAUGUCUAUGGCGAGGAUGUCUACGGCGAGGAAUCUUUUGCGGGCACAUCAGUAAAGUCGAAGGCUCAACCUAAAGAGAAGACACCCAAAGGUUCUGCAAAACCUUCGGGGGCGUCUUCGAAAACCUUAGCCUCUACUACGGAUAGUUCCAAGAGCCAAAUCGAAAAUCGGAGCCCAAGCGCUGCGAAGCAGACCGCUGCGUCAAAUCAAAGGGCGACGCCCGCAUCCUCCAAAACCCUUGCCGAGCGCCGUUCACUCACUGGGUAUCAGGGCACUGCCCGAAAGGCGGCAGCCAAGUCGCCAAGUGGGAAUGCCGCUGGUCAAUCAAAGACCCAAACUUCUACUCGAGGCGGGGCAGCCUCGUCUGCGCGUAUGGCCAGCGACACCCAAAAGGGCCACUUGACUGCCAAGAAAAGUGCAUUAAAUAAGCGGCCCAGUGGAAAUAUAUUUUCUGGUGGUACUAUGCGGAAGACGCGAGCUCCCUUAUUAGACAGCAUUUCCGACCCCUCGAAGGAGCCAAAGUUGUUUGGAAAAUUGCGAACGCGCAGACUGGCCGAGAAGCGAUCACGGGACAAGGAAGACUUAGCCCCCAAUAUAUCAAGUUUGCACUUCUUUGGUAUUGGGAAAGGGCCACUCCCGAGAAAAUCGUCGAUGGAUGCGACCCUGAGCCCCGGCCUGCAAGAGCCGCCAGUACAGCCAAAAUUCCCCGUACCGGAACAGACUUCCGCAGCAGUGCCACAAGAAGAAAUACCGCUAAGAAAAAAGCACAAAUCUGUCCGCUUCCUAGACGAUGACGAUGAUAUCAGCCCUGCACUGGUUCAGGAGCCCGAGCCGAUUGACAUUGAUAUGCCCACGAAUGAAGGAUCGCCCACGGCACCAAGGGGGAUGUUGGUGCGAUCUCGUCUCCGCAGCCCUCCACCUCCGCCUGCUGAAAAUCCUGUUCCUGUUCCUGUCCCUGUUCCUGGGCCUAAAAAGCUCUCCCUUGCUACGUAUAGGUCAAAAGUUCUGACACAAAGCUUGGGGAAGAUGUUGGCCCUGGGAACUUCUGCAGCUAUCAAGGUGGAUUUCAAUAAUAUGCCUCGCGAUCCACAGCAGACAUGGAUUGCGGAUUUCACGGCGAAGGAGACGAUCGAAUUCCACUACCAGUGUUUUGCUAAGACAAUGGUUUUGAAAAUGGACGUGCUCGUUCGGGGCCAUCUAGCCGAAGGAACAAUCACGUCCGAGGCGAAUGAAUCGGCUCUCACCAACGCUGCCGAAUAUCUGAGAUCUGGCGUGCUAGGACUCUUCUGUUCUCAGCCCGAGUACAAUAUCAUCAUAUACCCAACGAAGUGCGAUGAAUGGAGGGUCGAUUCGUUAGGCCAGGAGCCAGCAAGUCCCGCAGGAAUCUCACUUCGAUAUCUGAUAUUUGACUCGGAGCUAGACUGCGGGAGCUUGCUCCGGCCUAUUAACAUUUUCCCGCCGAUUGAAAAGCCAGAAUCAGCAACCGAGGUGAAAUCAACAACCGAGUUGAAAUCAGCAACCGAAUCUGAGCGAGAGGCUAUCUUGAGGCGGCUCUUCAACUUCAGCUACACAAGACUUCUUCCGGCAUUUCCGAAACGGCCUACGGUUCACAAUUUCUUCCUUGCGUUCCCCCAGUCCAAGGGAACAAUAAUGCAGGCACUGUAUCACUGGUUGCGCGCCUGCAAUCCAAAGUGCCAGAUUUUUUCGAGCCACCACGCUGGCAGCUGGGCUGCGUUCUGGGCAGUCGGAGAGAAGACUCCCGGGGUAAUAAUUAUUCACGAGUCACUUGCAUGGAAUAUUCACCGAUUUCCAGAACUUCACAAAUAUCUCAUCAGCAGAUAUGACCAGUACUGGUGUUUUUCUGAGCCAAAUCAGGCGUAUCCCUUGUACCCAUCAAUUUCGCUUGCCAAUGGUCCUGCGGCCCCAGGCGAUCUUCGCCUCACGCGACUUUUUCCUGCACGCACGGCCAUCUUCUUGACGCCGAGUUUCUUGGUUUCUGAGCCUCUACACGCCCUGGAAAUCUUGGAAUGGUUUCUUACCAAGUGGGGAAAGGGAUACACUCACCGGCUCGUGGCGGCUUGGAACAUUCACGAAUACCUGCUAGAACUGGCCGUUGAGAAAUCAGAUGCAUACGACAAGAUGUUGGGGGAUCGCAAGACCAACAAAAUCUCCAAUAUUGAUUUCCAGCUGGGCACAAACCUGCGUGGGUUGACCUCGGUUGACUGCGAGAACAGAUUCAAGGCCGCAACUGUAGCCACAGAGCUGCACAAUCUUCGGCUGUCAAGAACGGGCCCGUAUGGGGCGGAUGAAGACAACAGCUCGCUAGUCUACGCGGAUCAAGCCAUUGACGCAAAUGACGAGCAAAGCCUUGUCAAUUGGUUUGGUUGGUGGUCGAGUCUGCGAGCCGACCAAUUUCAAAAAUUUCACGUUGUCGGCUCAAGUGAAAGUAUCGAGUACCAAGGGUGCAGAAGAGGCGAGCGGCGCAUUCGUAUUCCGCGCUACUCUCAUGUCACGUUGAAUGAUCCCGAUCUUGUCCUUCAGACAAUCCAAGAAAGGGCCCGUGAUGAUUUGGCCGGGUCACCUGUCGAAGGCAACGGCAGCCUGCCGGAUGCGCCGCCUCUCGAUAACGAACUUGAUACGAACAUGUCUACUCAGGAAACCCCAUGGUCUUUCCGUAGCGAGGUUUGCCGGACCGACGACAGUCAAGAAAUAACAAACCACCUCUCAAUCACAGCGAGCGUGCCUGGCAGAUUUCAGUGGACGCUGUACCGGUUUCCAGUUUCAUGGGCUGACAUGCAAAUGGCCGACCACUUCGGGGACUGGAGAAACGAGUAUCACAGAAUCAGCGACUGGUUUAAGUUCACUUGGUCGUUCAUUGACCAGAAAGGCCGCCCCUCCGGAUAUAACACGUACGUGGGGUUCUUCUACACUAUUACUGAAGAUUGGGACCCGCAGGCCAUUCCAAAAGACCCGAAACCUAAGCGACACGCAUGGCUUGCAAUCUAUCGGCCAGUGAACCCGCAUAAGAAGCCGUUCACCAAGUGCGAGGUCAUUAUCUGGGAUCCUAUGGCAAGGUCUCGAUUUGGCGACAAUGCCCCAACUGAGAAGGGGCUCCUUGAUAUGCAACGACGGGUUAUCCAGUAUGUCCGGGAGUAUGGGUCAGAGAAAAAUCCCGGAACCUAUCUUGAACAAGUCUGGCUCGGGGGAUUUGACCCCCCGCCAGAAUGCGACCCUGAGUACCCGUUCGAUACGACAUUGAAAUUCCUUUGGCACUUGUUAAGGGACCUUAAGAAGUUUCUGCCAGCGCCAGAUCGGGAGAUGCCAAAUAGAGGCUACAGAAAGGUGGUGCUAGGCGACAGGGCCAUUCCAGCCCCCGACAAAGAUGACUACUCGCCAAACCUCGAGCAAUCCGAGAGCGCUGCUAUGGACCUCGACAGCAUGGACGGCGACGAUGGGCCGGAGGACGAAGACACACGAAUCAUCUUCCAUCCACCGCGCGGCAUCAAGAUGAUUCCCGGUCAGCGCUCGAAGUGCUCCAAUAAGCUCUACGAAGAUGCCCGUCUAGUAAAGGCACGCGGAGCUGCCGCGCAAGCGACGCACAUGAAGUAUACCUUCACACCCACCAUGACGUGGUAUGGCGAGCAGCUCGCCGAGGGCCGUGGCUACGAGCAUAUCAACGUCACGCGCUGGGAGCAUAUCUUCAAUUUCUUCAAGAUCGGAAGGGGAGGUUCCGACGGCAAAGAUUCGGUUUCAUCUGCCUAG